UAUAUGCUUGUCUCUAYGGUAAGCGCAUGGGAUGUUCCCAACUUUUAAAAACAUCCAUUGAUCCUUCGCGCAUUGGUUUGUGUCGGGGCGAAGAUGCGUGGCGUUCUGUCUUUUCGCUCUUGCCCUUGACGCGUGACUCACUCGUUGCAUGCGGACGAAUGGACCGGGGGAUCGAUCCCAACCCGAGUCGCGCCGCAUCGCAUCGCAUCGCAUGGCUCCGGGCCGUGCGUCCGGCAGCAGCGGCUCCGCGGCCCGCCCGCUCACCCCCCGGCCUCCUCCGGCGGCGCCCUGUGGUAGAUCGUGCAGAGCGGCGUGUGGUCGGGGACCCUCACGCCGGCCUCCACGUGGAUUUCCCCCAGGAUCCCGGGCUCGGCGUCGUCGAUCUGCAUCMCAAAGACAAAGUCCGGGGUGGACACGUCGCAGAGGAURUCCUCCGGGUGGACGCGGUCCCCCUCGCGCUUGUGCCAGGUUUCCACGAAGCAGUGGGACUCGUCCCCGCCCACGUCGUCCAUGGGGGGCAUCUUGAUCACGAUCGGGACGGUGUAGCUUCCGUUGUUUUCCGUUCCGGCUUCCGCGUCCGAGGACAACCAGCGCCYCUGCGMACGGUGGGUKCCUUUCGAAAAAGGCCCCGGCCGAAGCGGAAGGUGCGAAGCGCAGCUCGGUGGAGGCAACCGAAGAAGCGGAAGACCUUGUCUCGAAGGUGCCCCCGCAGAGAGCACCUUCCCCUCUCGGGCGCCGGGGGCCGGUGCUUGGAGAGAGAGUCCAAACGCCGCGCCGGAAGAGGARAGCCUUCCCGCCGCGGCCGCAACGGCCGGGAACGACAGCCGUUUCGAAAGCACGCGCGAGACGCUGGUCGUUCGAGCGAGACACAUCCCGCCGCCUGCCAUGGUUGUGGUCGGGUCGAUGUAUGUAUGGUCUUGCGCUCGGGCRAAGCUUGUUCUCUGUUCGGGAGUGUGGUGCGGCAAUUGACAACAAGGCACCGGUUUCGUCGAGGAACCAAGAGUUGUUUCUUUGUUGCUGCUGUUCGGAGUGGUGGUUGUCUGUARCAGUAACAAUUUCUGUCUGGAUGGAAUUGGAAUUGGAAUUCUCUUUGGGGUUGAUCACAAAACAGAAAGACGUCCGCGAAAGACUUCGGUUCGGCAAGGAACGAUCUUUUUUGGAAAAACCGCACUUGUACGUACUGUACGUACGGAAGUUAGGUACCACAGGGGUUGUUCACGGAGAGCUUGCUUUUUUAAAUGUACAAGUAUGCCAGAAGAAUUUUCAAUUUCAAUUCAGCAGUGUAUGUUCUUUGUCAAAUCAAUUGCCUCCUCUGUCUCUCCAAUGGGGGGAGACUCUCCCAAGAAGUAUGAGACUUUAAGCUAGUAGUAUCCUGCAAAGAAAAUUGGGCUUCAUCUUUUGAUGAUGCUUGUUUCUUGGUGUUUGACUAUGGUCUACAGGGGCAAUAAAGAAUGGAAUGUCCC